UGCAUGCUCAUUGCUCAGAACAUUGAGGAACAACGACUUUCAUUAAAAAUUGCAUGUAAAUUCUCUUAAAUAGUCCAAGUCCACAUUAUUCCAGCAUAUAUAGUUUCAUUUCCCAUCGAAUCGAAGUUACAACGUGCAGUGAUAUUUUCCUCCCUUUGUUUCUUUUUAAUUUUAAUUCAAUUGCUAGUUUGACAUCUCACUGUUGUGACUUUUCAUCAUACUUUGCUGAGUUAUUUUUCCUUUGACAAUGCUCUGCUCUAACUCCAGUGAUAGGAAAAGAGUGCUAAUAGCCUCUGAAUCAAAUGAUUUUUUAAUGAAACAUAAAUCUAGUUACUGAAUUUAAGCAUGAUGUUGGUGCCCUAAUUUCAGCUCCGCAACAAGAUGAUUCCCUGGAACAAAUUUCACUCCAUGUCAAGAACCAAUUUGGUUAGGUCUAUGACCACCAGAGUUCAACAACUUUUUUGUCAAACUGGAUGGCCAGAAAGUGAAUCUCUUUCACAGCAAAUUACUGCAGAUAUAAAAACUGAACUGGAAACAACACUCGAUUGUCCCAGAUACAUUGCCCAACACAUAGCUGUAACCAACCACACUCUCCGGCAACAGGGCGUAGCCACUUUGAAGGAAAACGCGAUAUUUUUACAGUAUGCAACAUAUGCAAACAAAACAAUUUAUAACUACCCUGAAAUUCUCACGCUCAAUCCAACAACUUUGAUGAACCGCUUGACCAUUUGUCGAGAGUGUCACAUUCAUUUGUCGCUCCCUGUUCUGUAUAAUUUUGAAGAUUGCAACAAAGCCUCAAUUGCCUUAUUGAGAGCAUAUUCAUUGAUACCUGCAGAUUGGGAUGUUAUAAGCAAUCUCAUAAAAAGAGCUCAGGGCCUAGAGGAGCAUUCCCUUGAUGUGCCUCCUCUAACAGAGAAGAACACUUUGGAUGCUAUAUAUCUGGCUGUGAUAAAAGCAUAUCUGAAAAGAAAAAUGCGGUUGCAACAUGAACAUCUUUUGAACAAACUAACCAAGAAUCACGUCCGGGAUCUAAGUUUUACCGCAUUCAAGUCGAACUUAUUCUACCUCCUUAACUUUGCUGGCUUCACCAGAGAAAUGGUUCUUGCUAAUUUUCGGUUCAUGAAAUAUAUGAAUGCAGGGUCUUUAUUUAAUUUAAUGAAGUUUUAUCAAUCAAGAGGAUGCAACUUCCCAAGUUUUCUACGCCAGAAACCUAUUUUACUCACUUUGCAAUACUCACAAGCACAAUCGAUACUUUCUGUUCUAGAGGAAUUCAAUGUGCCUUGCGAUGUAUCAUUGAGUACACCUAAAGUAUUCACACUUUCACCAUAUGUACUGCGAGAGAGACUGAAAGUUCUCUGCAGUCACAAAGAAAUCGAAAUCUUUAAAUUUCAUCCACGCUUCCUAGAAUGUACUCUAAAAGUAGACUUCGUCAUAAAACAAUUGAAUUGGUGUCGCCAGCUUGAUUUCAAGAAAUUGUCCAUGUCACUCCUGUUAGACAACAGUGGAGAGUUCACCUUGCGAACAAGUCGGACUGGUACAGACGAUCUUUUGAUUUACUUAGGAAAACAGUUUUGUAAAGCAGACGCAGAUAUUGUUGUAAGGUUAAAUCGGCAUCCAUACUGGCGGACAGUUCCUCUCAUUCAAGUUGAUGAGACUCUUCAAUUUCUUCUAAACAACAACUUUACCAAAGAAGAUAUCUACAAGUCAAUACACAUAGUGCUUUAUCCUAGAGUUCGCAUUGAAAUGGAAUUAGCAUCGCUGAAUCGACGUAAAUUUACUGUGUGCCGUGAUGCACCAGACACCUCUGUGCCAGGCUUUACCGUGUCGCCAGUAGUCAAGAAAGAAUUCAUAUUACCUCUGAUACUAUACUUCAUGGAGAAAGAGACCAACUUCGCCUUUGAUGCUAUCUGGAUUGACAACAAAAUUGUAGAAAAAGAUGAUGAAUGUGAGUUAAAUGAUGAUAUCCCGGAAGAAGUUUUUCACAACUAUGCAAAGCAUCCGAUGCCCAAGGCAAGCCCGGCUGCUGACGCAAAACAAGCCCAGUUUGUAACUUGAUCAAUGUUUUUCUCUAUUUUUGUUAAUAUAAACACCUUUUGUUUUCCUGAUA